GCUUUCUGUAUAAAUACCCCUCAUCACCACCUCCAUUUCAUUGGUCUUGCUCUUUGUGUUUUUCUUCUAUACCUGCUACAUUAAUGGCGGAAUUCAAAGAUCAAGAGGAGGUGGUUCUGUUGGACUUUUGGCCAAGCAUGUACGGCAUGAGGGUCAGAAUAGCCUUGGCAGAGAAAGGAAUUAAGUAUGUGUAUAAAGAGCAGGAUUUAAUCAACAAAGGCUCAGAGCUUCUGGAGAUGAACCCGGUUCAUAAGAAAGUCCCGGUUCUAAUCCACUGUGGCAAACCCAUCUGUGAGUCGCUCAUAAUUUUGGAAUAUAUUGAGGAGGUUUGGAAGGGUAAUGGAGCUCCAUUGCUGCCCUCGGAUCCUUACCAGAGAGCUCAUGCUAGGUUCUGGGCCAAUUUUAUUGACCAGAAGUUGUACGGUGUGGGCAAAAACUUAUGGUCGAGAAAAGGAGAUGAAAAAGAGGCAGCCAAGAAAGUAUUCAUAGAAACCUUGAAGGUAUUGGAAGGAGAACUUGGAGAAAAGGCAUACUUCGGGGGUGACACAUUUGGGUUUAUAGACAUAUCUUUUAUCACAUUCUAUAGCUGGUUCCAUGCUUAUGAGACUUUUGGGGAGUUUAGUCUAGAGGCAGAGUGCCCCAAAAUUAUAAUAUGGGUCAAGAGGUGUCUACACAGAGAAAGUGUUUCUAAAACUCUUCCUGAUCACAACAAGAUUCUUGGUUUUGUUGUGGAGAUAAGAAAGAAGUAUGGACUAGAAUAGAAACAAUAUACCAAAGAAGAGUUUGGUUUUCUACUGAAAUGGGGUUUUGCUUAUUUAUUUUUGGUUGGACUUAUGAUUUUUUUUUCUUUCCUUCUUUAUGAUGGAGCCUUUGGUAGUGCUGUAUUUGGACAAUUUGGUGCGUCUAAUAAAUAUGCUUUUAGUGUGUUAAUAAACAGAGGAGACUGCAUUCGGGCAAAUGUUGAUUAUGCAUAUU